AUGGCCACCAACAAGAACAGGAACACUGUUAGGGCCCGCAAUGUGCCCUUGGAAUUUACCGCCGAGAAUGUAAAGGAUAUCAUUUUACAUCACUUCGAGGCCUCAGAGCAGACUACGAUAACAUCGAAAAUAACUCUUGCACCUACAUGCACAGACAAUGGAGAGACUCAGACGGCAAUCAUCAAGUUUAGUCCAUCCAUGCCUAGAUUUCUCAGCUGUCUUGGCCAGAAAAGAGUACAGAUUGACGUGGAUGGCACGAGAGACAUUGAUAUCGACCAGGAUUUCUUUGGUCUUACUCAACUGUAUCCAACCUUUGGGACCAGAAUUCCUCUUGAUAUUAUCGCCGUCACCGGUCUCAACGGCCAUGCCUUCGGCUCAUGGACAGGAGGGAAUGAUAGGAUGUGGCUCCGCGAUUUUCUUCGUGAUGAUAAAUAUUUGAAGGCCUGUAGGACCAUGAUUUUCGGAUACAAUACAAAAUUGAAAGAGAAAUCUGUCCACACCACCAGAGACUAUGCCCGGUCUUUCCUAAUGGAACUCAGGAAGGCGAGAAAAUCCAGUGAGGAGAGAAAUCGGCCCAUAGUCUUUCUGGGCCACAGCUUCGGAGGGAUUAUUAUUGCUCAUACACUUGUCAGGGCCAGAGAUGAGGAUAAUGGGUCACUAGUCAAAUCCACUCAUGCGUUCCUUUUCUUCGGGGUGCCACACCGUGGUAUCAGCAUUGACGACGUUUCUAAAAUGGUCGAUGAAGAUUCUCAGCCUCAAAGGGCAUUGCUGGUGCAGGAAGUUAAGGUUGAUUCUUCUCACAUAACUCCCACCAUGGAGAGGUUCAUCAACAUGACUGUGGGAAAGAAAAUCGAUGAGAACGGCAUGUAUGGGCGCAACGGAGAGUAUAUACAGGUAGUGAAAGAACCCUCUGCCACAUUCUACCUGCCGGAUCAGAUCGAAGAAGCGAUCCCCGUCGAUGGCGAUCAUUCGACCAUGGUCAAAUUUGCGAGUUCUGCCGACGACACAUACCAAUCGGUCCGGAACUAUUUAAGGGGUUAUCUCAAGUCCUUCGGAUUCACCAUUGGCUGUUCUUUUGCGGAUAAAAAUGCCGGUCAUCCAUCCGGUGGUUCUAACGCAGUUGCCGAAGGUCUUGUGAACCACUUUGCGGGCACGGCAAACCCUAUAGACCAGGCGUUGAGACUAGCUGCUGACCUAGGUUUGACCGUGGAAGCGCUUUAUCUGCUAAAAAUCGGAGCCCGCCCGAACUUCCAGGAUCCCGAGCGUCGGCCACUGGGGGAUUUGUUGUCCGAUUCAGCCACGCUAGCUGAACCUCGAUGGAAAAUCAAGGCCAAUGGAGAUAUAAUGGAACCAGGAGAGACUGCGAUUUUCAGAGCAGUCAUCCGCAACAACAAGGAUGUUGUUGAGCUUCUCCUGCAGUUUGAGUCAGAUCCCAACCUGCCAGCUGAGAGUGGAAAGACUCCUUUACACGAAGCCUCCAGCCGUGGUUAUCUAGCUCUGGUACAGCUCUUGUUGGAGCACGGUGCAAAUCCGAACGCACGAGAUCCCCUGUGGCUAAGCACACCUCUCCACGAUGCAGCGAGAGCGGGCACUACAGCUGUGACACUGCUCCAACGAUAUGGUGCCGAUAUGAACGCACAAUUGAGAAGGAGCCUGGACACACCGCUCCAUCUCGCCGUCCGCGAAGGCCACGAAGCGGUGGUCCGCUUCCUGCUUGACAAUAAGGCCAACCCUGUCCCCACGAAUAAAAGCGGAUGCCGACCUGUCCACCUUGCAGCGCGAGCCGGCCAUGUUGGUUUGGUAGGCUGGUUGCUCGAGCGAGAUCCCAAAAACGAGACAGAUCCACGUGACAAUCGGGGUUGGACCCCUUUGCACGAGGCAGCCUACGGAGGUCACGACGAUGUCGUAUGGUUGUUACUGAGACGAGGCGCGAACAGAGAUAUCGCACUAUGGGAUGGAAGACGAGCUGCCGACUUGGCGAACGAGAGUGGGCAUUCUGAAACUCGACGGCUCAUACUGGCAUGA